CGGCUUGGUGAAAUAACAAUGCAUCAGUAACGAAAAUGUAAAAAAAAAUAAGACGAAUCUUCAAAACCUCCUGGAAAAAAUACAGAUGAAGUUGUAACCGGUUGGAACGUACCAAUUGGUAGAGAAAAAAUACGUCAUUCCCCAUAAUUCAACCAUAGAGCAACUGUUCUCCCGUGACCUAUUUUGAAGACGUGCUAGCCCAACCAAGCUAACUAGAGGCAACGAUUGAAACUGCAAUAUACGGAUAACACAUGUUAAAACAUGUAUUUUAAUUCGACACGAAGAAAUACAAGGUUGUUGUUGAAUUAGUAGGCACUUGGGAUGGCUGGAGACGUCCACAACAAGGGUGUGUCAUGGGAGGUCCAGCAGAAUGGCACCCUGGCACCAGUUGACCGUCUGCGCAACGAUAGGUCGGAGAGCCCAACCCCAGGUCUGGUAGAGGGCACAGAACCAGGUGCUGGCCAGGAGAGUGCAAUGUUUGUUCAUGCACAGUCUUUUGAGGACCUGACUGCUGACAAUGAGGUGCCCACCGAGACAGAACCUAAAGGAGACUCUGUGCUAGGGGAGUCAGUAGAGGAGGAGGCUCUGUGUCUGGCUGCUGAGGAGAAGAUCCAGGAAGAUCUGCAGCCAGCGGUGGCGUUAGAGGAGGAGGAGGUGCGCUCAGAAAGCAGGAGUAAGGAAGAGGAUGUGUGUACUGAGGCCUGGCGUAGCCACAGGAAGCAUGUGUUUGUCCUCAGCGAGGCAGGCAAGCCAAUCUACACCCGCUACGGCACAGAAGAAGCCCUCUCCAGUACCAUGGGGGUCAUGAUGGCCCUUGUCUCCGUCGUCGAGGCAGACAAAAAUAUCAUUCGGUCCAUUCACGCAGAUGGUUACAAAGUGGUGUUCCUUCGCAAGACCCCUUUGGUCCUGGUGGGCGUGUCCCGGACCUGUCAGUCAGACCUUGAGCUGACCCGUGAGCUGCAGUACAUCUACUACCAGAUCGUCAGUCUGCUCACCCUCACCCAGCUCAACCACAUUUUCCAGCACAAGCAGAACUACGACCUCCGCCGCCUCCUAGCAGGCUCAGAGCACCUCACGGACAACCUUCUGCAGAUGUUGGACCGUGACCCAGGCCUGCUCCUCAGCGCAGUCACUUGCCUUCCCCUGGCCAGCUCCACCCGUGACCUGGUUUCCUCCAGCCUGCAGGCGGCCAAGGCGAAGAAUUUGGUCUUCUCCAUCCUUCUGGCUGGGGACCGCCUAGUGACCCUGGUGCGCAAAAAGGACCAGUACCUGCACCACAUGGACCUGCACCUGCUUUUCAACCUGGUGGGCUCCUCGUCCUCUUUCCGCGAGGGUGAGGGCUGGACGCCUAUCUGCCUCCCGAAGUUUAACACAGCCGGGUUCUUCCAUGCCCACAUCUCCUACCUGGAGCCGGCCUCCGACCUCUGCCUCAUCCUGGUUUCCACCGACAGGGAGGAUUUCUUCAACCUGUCCGAAUGCAAGCACCGCUUCCUGGAGCGGCUGAGCAGACGCAGUGCCUACCAGGCCCUAAAGGAGGCGCUGAAGUGCCCCAGCUACUCUGUCACCCAGGUCGGCAUACCAGAACUAAGGCACUUUCUGUACAAGUCAAAGAGCUCCGGCCUCUACACAAGCCCUGAGUUGUCCUUACCAUACCAGUCUGAGGAGGAGCAGGAGAGGCUCAUGGGAUUGUACCAGUACCUCCACAGCCGACUGCACCACCCGAAACGACCCCUCCGCUCCGUCUACCGCUGCGGUGAGACUGAGAACCUGAUGGCUUGGGUGACGAGUGGCUUUGAGCUCUACCUCUGUUUCAGUCCCCUGGGUACCAAGGCUUUGGCUGUGGCUGCUGUCAAUAAGCUUCUGAGGUGGAUAAGGAAGGAGGAGGACCGCCUCUUCAUCCUUAGUCCACUGACAUAUUGAGCCCCGAGCCCUGUUCACCCAGCUGACCGAUCCACCGCUCCAAGAAGCCUGGACAUCUGAACCUGCUGCCUUGUGACUGUUGAAGUCGGACGGCCACUAUUUCAGGCCUUGGUUGUAGUGUCAACAAACCACAAUACAUCACUUGUGCAUAUGGGGUGUAUUGAUGUCACACUGCAUGGAGCGCUGGUUAGUUCUACCAUACUAACAUGAGGUUAGAUGCCUUAGUGUAAGGUAAUAAACAUAUCAGACUAAGGUAAUAAACAUAUCAGACUAUUUUUAUAUAAAAAUAUAUAGAGAUUAUAUAAUUAAUCAUGAUUGGUGGGUAUUAUCAUUGGAACUGAGAGCAAACCUAUCUUGAAAGACUUUAGCAGUAAUCGGGACUUCAGCAUCAGGUUUAAGGAGUGGUAAGUCAGUAGUCAUAUUUGGUUUCAUUUGAGAUCAGCUUUGUGAGUUAUUUUUGCACACAUUGACAAUGUAACAAGCAAUUAACUGGAUAUUUAUGUGGUGGCCAUCAAUGGUUGCAAUAGGCCCAUGCAGUCUGUGGGUACUUUUUGCUGACCAAGGUUUGCUCGAAUGUUUGCUACGUUCCAGAACUAUUUGUACUGAGCCAUGUUUCCACAAAUGUUCUUUAGCAGACUUUAAAUUACGUCAGCUCCUGUUUGUGGGUAUAGUGAGGGAUGUGUUUCCUGGACAGUUGCCUUGCUGAUAGUUCCCCAACCCAAAACCCCUCACGUUUCUUCAGCUGGUUCAUUACAGCACAGUUUUGGUUCAUUGAACUUUCCGGAACGUAAAGUUUACUUUUUUAGUGAUUGGUAUUGAAAUCCUGUUCUGUCAUCAGGGCUUACACAACUACUAUGUAAUUUUUAGGUUGAUGUGCAGUUACUCUAUGGGAAUAGAGACAUGUAGCAGACAUUUCAAAUAAUAACAAUGUUGACAUUUGUGAUGCUGAGUUACUAAAAUGUUAUUUUUCAAACUAACAGACCUGAUACUGUAGGAAUCACCAUCUGGACAUAAAUGCUGUUUGUUGUUUUUGCAAUAACCUAGAGAUAUACCAUAUGAAACAGAUAAUCUUUAAAAUGUGCUGGGUUAAUGUAUUUGUACAAUUCGAUUCCAUGUCUGACAUGUAGGCUAGUUGUCUAUCAGGGUAGUUUUAGACUAGCCAAGAUGAUCUAUCUAGGACAGGGUAUGGAAGUCAAGUGCAAGGGUUAACUUUCUAGGAAAACCACAUUCCUGUGACUCAAUACUACAAAUUCAUCUCACUGACUGUGAUGUUUAUGAAACUCAGAAUUAAUCAUUACAUGCAUACACUUCAAAUGUUUUCCAUUUACAUUCUUACCAUUAACAUUUUUGUUGAUUGGAAUAUUGUUUUUAAUGCUAUAUAAUUAUUUCUUUUGAUUUUCCCUGCCAAAGAUGCUGUACUUUGAAACUAUAUUUUAAGAUGGGAAUGUCUGUUAUAAUAUAUAUAUAUAAUUUUUUUUAUGAUUUGGAUGGAGUUGAUGAUUGGGAUGAAUUUUCUAUUCGCUUGGUCUGAAAAUUAAUAGCCACUGGCUUGUGGGCUAGUUUAAUUUUAGUCCAUUGCAUUUGAUUGACUUAAACACUGUGAUGUUCAAUCUUGAUUUUUUUUUUUUAAUGUUCUAUAGUAACAAUGGCUUUCCAUAAUCAUCUAACAACUGGCUUCAGAGGUGUUGAAUGUAGUUGUAUUUAGUAACUAUUUAACCACAUGCAAAAACUAUUUGACCGUUGCUUUCAAAAAUUGCUCAUAGACUUAGUAUUAUUCUAAGAUUCAUGUUCAUUCCAAAACCUUCACUUCAGCCUAAGCAUCACAAAAGCCAAUGUAUCUGAGUAAUUUGCCAUUCUUAUUUAGGAUUUGCUUUAUAAAUAAAUUGGAUAUUCAUUUUUGAA